GGAAACACUCACAGGAUAGGAGAUACAUAGGGGUUAGAGAGACACACAUGGGUAGAAGACAUACAGAGGUGGCAGACGACUAUGUAGGGCUGGACCUCCUGAGCACACAGAGUGAUGUGAGGGUGUCUAACUUUAGGAAGAUCAACAUCAGUGGAAUGUCGGUGUAUGGCAUGGCUCAGCCUGCCAGGGAUGGCGUGACAAAAGUAUCUAACCACCUGCUGACCAAAAAGGCUGGACACACCUUCCUGGCAUUGAUUAACCUGCGGAACGAUUGCACCCUUGAAUGUGACGGCGCCACCUACAGUGUACGGCAUGCUUCCUGUCUGGAUGAUCCGAUCUCACACCCCUACAUGUCCCGACAGGAACUAGAGACAACAGAAGAAAACCUGAAGAAAGAGAUUAAAAAUUCAGGAAACACUGUUCUGGUAUACAACGAUGUAUCAGAAUCACCUGUUCAGAAAGAGUUCUCUAGCAUACUGACCCCCUCAGAGCUUGCUGACCAACAGAAGCUGCAGACCCUGGACAUGGUCUACCACCGGAUACCACUGCAGUAUGACACAGCCCUGGAGGAGAAGGACUUUGAUGACCUGAUGUCCGUUGUGUGUGAGUAUGGCUAUGACUGUGAUCCAAGUGCCAACACCGCCUUUGUGUUCUUCUGUCGGACUGGCAAAAGUCGUACUACCACUGCCAUGGCAAUAGCUGGACUUAUCUUCUGUCACAUCAGG